GUUAAGGGGUGCGCUCGCAGGCUUUGCUCAACGUAGUGGGCGCUGAAAGCAGAUUUUCCCACAGUUUUAAACGUGCUCCGGAGUGUCUGCAACGUUUUGCCAGUUUCGUCGUCUUUUCUGUAAAUUAUAUGAUGGCUUUUACUGAAGCUAGAUAUGACUUUACAUAUUCAAAAAUGAGAGGGAUUGUAUCAAUUCUUGCCGGUUUCAUCAAGGAGCGAAAACUUGGUUGGAACGAAUUAAUUCAGAAGCUAAUUUUGACUUCCGGUUUAUAUCCGCGGUCGUAUUUCAGAACGUACCUAAAGAUUCACGAGAACCAUAAUAAGGAGACUGAAGGAGGAUUCAAAGUAAAUUCGCCGUCCCUGGCUGAGGACAGCCAAGUCAGACCAUGUGACUUUGACUACCUCAAGGUCAUUGGCAAAGGAAGCUUUGGCAAGGUUCUUUUGGCCAGACACAAAGAAACUUCCCAUUAUUAUGCUGUGAAGGUCCUUCAGAAGAGGAUUGUACUGAAGAAGAAAGAGCAAAAGCACAUCAUGGCCGAGCGCAGCGUUCUCCUGAAGAACCUACAGCACCCCUUCCUGGUGGGCCUGCACUACUCCUUCCAGACUUUUGAUAAGCUCUACUUCGUGCUGGAUUAUGCCAACGGUGGAGAGGUGAGCACCUGCUCUGAUGAGCCCUGCCUGAACAUGGCUGGCUGUCUGUGUGUGAGUGGGUGUCUAUUAAAGCUGUGUAUCCCCUCUCUCAAGCUAUUUUGCCACCUCCAGCGUGAGCGGGUGUUCCUGGAACCCCGUGCCCGGUUUUAUGCAGCAGAGAUAGCUGGUGCAUUAGGCUAUCUGCACAGCAUACACAUCAUAUACAGGGACCUGAAGCCAGAGAACAUCCUGCUGGACUCACAGGGCCACAUCAUGCUGACGGACUUCGGCCUUUGCAAGGAAAGUCUGGAGCACGAUGAUGUCACCUUUACAUUUUGUGGGACCCCAGAAUACCUGGCUCCUGAGGUGCUGCAGAAGCAGGCGUAUGACCGCACAGUGGACUGGUGGUGCCUGGGGGCUGUUUUGUAUGAGAUGCUAUACGGCCUGCCUCCGUUUUACAGUAGCAAUACAGAUGAAAUGUACAACAACAUCCUGAACAAGGACCCAGUUCUCAAGCCAAAUGUGUCUAAUGCUGGUCGAGCAUUGCUGGAGGCUCUGCUGCAUAAAGACCGAACUCAGAGAAUGGGGGCACGCAAUGACUUUAUGGAGGUCAGAAGCCACGCCUUCUUCUCACCCAUCAACUGGGAUGACUUGAUGGCCAAGAAGACCCAGCCUCCUUUUGUCCCUCCAUUGGCUGGGCCUACCGAUUUGAGGCAUUUUGACCCUGAGUUCACCCACCUCCCAGUGCCUGGUUCCCUGUGCAACCCUGACAGCAGCACAGUGACCAGCAGCAUGCGGGAGGCGGCCGGUGCUUUUCCCGGGUUCUCAUAUGGAUCUUCAAUUGACCAGGCCUUAGAUUAGGGGGGGACCUACCUCUUUCCCAGUCUGCUGGGUGGUUUGGUCGACGGCACCUUCAUGUCUAAACAGCAACAGAGUUUGAAGUGCGACCUCUCUGAUGUGUUUGUGGUCAGUGGACCAGGAAUGUGUGAACAGAGGAUGUGAGAUUUCCAGGGCCAGAGUACAAGCCCGUGUACGUCACUGUAACUACCCUCACCCAGGGUAUGCCCAUUCACACGACCUGUUUUUGACUCCAAAUUUGUUUUGUGAAAUUGUAUUGCAAAAUAUAUAUUAUAUAAAAUGUCAUGUAAACUCAUUGCUAAUGCACUCUAUAGAAGUUUAGCAAUUUUAGACACAUUUCAUGUAUUACACACAGUAAGGUGGCCAUGGCUGAUUUUUAAAGGCAAUGGUAACACAGAACAUGCUUUCUCCAUAUUCUAGAUCACAAUGAUGUUCUCCUCUCCCUCUCACGUCCUGGAUCUCACAUCCUCCCUUUUGAGUUGCAUUUGGUGCAGCUUGAGUGUCUGUCUUUACUGGAGUUUCAGCAAGCCUGGCUGCAUUAAAUGUGUUCGCACAAUGAAAUGCUUGACUAAGAUUAUGAUUAUGUAUGAACUAUGGACCAACCGUAUUUUGUGUGUGUAUAUAUGUAUCAGGAUUGUGUUAUUCAAGUCCAGGAUCUGAGUCCAACUUGAGUUGCAUUUUUGUGUGACUUGGACUUGAGUCAUAUGGGACUCAGACUUGCACUUAGACUCAGUUGCUUUUGACACUGUGAUUUGUAAUUAUAAAAAGACAUCUAAGGCCUGCAAUAUACAUUAAUAGUUCAUUUUAAAACAUGAAAUUCUACUAUCCUACUAAAUGUGUCUACCAGUGCUUAUUAGGGGUAUGGGGAGAAAAGGAUUCAGGUACAAAUCGCAAUUCUUCACGGCGGCAAGUAUUAGAUUCCCGUGAGAGAAAUAUUAAUUUUUAAGUAUCACAUUAAAUGUAAGUUACUGUGAUUAUGCUGUUCACAUAUUACUAAUAUAUUUGCCCAGUUGCACACUGCCCGCUUUUGUUAAGUGACUGAUAUGUGCGAGUUUGACACAGUACUAUCAUCAAUAACAAAGUGUCUUUAGAGACUUCAGUUUGGGAUCAUUUUGGAUUCUAUUGUGUAAACAGACACCUAAACAUGAGCAUGGCUGUCUGCUGGCUUCAUGGUUCGGAAAUUCGGAACAGCAGGAAAACGGAAUUUGUUUUGAAAUUAUUAUUAAAACUGUGUACACAAAUGUUUUCUUUGACAAAAACUAUAGACAUGGGCACACUGCUCUACAAUACUCAGUUGUGAGGGUACUGAGUACAGUGCAGUAUAGUAUUAGGGGCUGUGUGUGGCUCAGUGUCUCUGUGCCUGUGAUCAGAAGCUUACUGGUUCAAGCCUGCUCUCAGUAUAUCUGAGGCUCCUUCCCGCGAGGCCCUUAACCCCCCAGCUCCCUGGGUGCUGCAAUAGGUGGCUGCCCUUCACAACCAGCUUGCUCUCACCCACACUGAGCAAGUUGAUGGAGGCGUAAAGAGAAUUUCGCCAGAAGGGGGGGGGGGGGGGGGGCACUCUCAGCACCCCUACUUCCAGAGUUACUGAUAGACCCGACAAACAAAUAUGGGUAUAUCACAUUAGGGGGGUCUCCUACCAUUAAUGCUUAUGCAUGAAAUGGUUCACAUUUCAUGCAUACAAAUAGUUCUUUGCUAGGUAUCAUAUUUCUGAUUAACACUAGAUACUAUAAUACUAAAAUCUAUUUUAUUGUACAAAUUCUUUUAAUAAAACCAGUACACUCCUAUGUUGUACAUUACAUAUGUCUGAGUUUGCGCAUUUCUGUAUAAUAACUGUGUAUAAUGUGUAUAUGACAAACACAGUUUUGUAUAUAAUGAUUCAGACUCACUACUCAGGCACUCCUGACUUACGGUGACAUUACUACAACCCUGAUAAAUACACACAUGCUACUGUAUAGUGCUGUAAAAAAAAUGCUGAUUAACUUUUUUUCUGAAGGAGAAUCGACAAGAGAUUAAGCAAUAACAUAACUUAAAUGAAGCUAAGUGAUUGAGGUCAAAUCCAUAAUAACUGUCAUCUGCACACUUUGAUUUAGAAAUGACAAGCCCUCGGAUGCAUUUAGAUGCUUUUGUCCAAACUGACAGAAAUGUGACGGUCAGUCAGUAUCCUUGGAUCAGCUGUGUUUAAAAGCCUUGUUCAGGGGGCCAGUGGUGAUGUUUCUCUGCUGGCCACAGAAUCCGAACCAGCGACCUUUUCACAGCCAGAGCACUAUAACUCACUGAGGCU